AUGAGAGAUGACGAGAGAUACCCUACGGUCGUGGAACCAGAUGCAUAUCCCAUACCAGUGAUAGCUUUCCCUGGCCCGGAUAUCCAGGGACACGAUAAACUGUCUGCACCUGAAAAGGAUACGCAUCCGCCAUCUGAUGAAUCCGGUUUGCCGGAAGUGAAGAGAGUGUAUGGCUUCAGAAGAAAAAAGAUCAUCCUCGUCACCGUGGUAAUUGUCAUCGGAGCCGUCCUUGGAGGUGUCCUUGGCGGACUUGCAGCAACCGGACGGCUGGGAAAUAGCUUCGAGGUCUUAUCUUCGAUCCCAUCAAGCAUAGCCAACUCGCCGCAGCGAUCCGGGCCUAUUCACAAAACCCAGCGCAGCGUAGCGGCGUCCAUCUCCUCUGGUGCCGAGGGCUCCGAUGUGCAGGUAUUCUACCAGGCGCUCAACACAACAGCCAUCUCGUACCGACGCAUCGUCAACGACAAGUCCAAGGCGGAGCAGGAGGCAAGCCUGAGUAUCGAACCCGCCUGGGGCACACCCAUGGCCGCCGUGGCGAUCAAUGGAUCCGACCCCCUCAGGACGCAGCUGUUCUACUUAUCCGUCGACAGCAGCAACAGGACCAGGAUUGUCGAGGCCACGUUCGAGUGCCAGGGCGACUCUGGAUCGUUUUCCACCGUGUCAAACACCGUGAUAUCUGACAAAGUCGACCGGCUUGUCCACCCGGAAACCAAGCUCUCUGCCCUCCGGCUGGGAAGUGACCUUCUCCGAGUCUUCUACCAGAAGAUAGACGGCAGCAUACACGCCUUUGGUAGGGACGAUGAAUCAGGAUGGCAUGACAACCGUGUCAGGCAGAACGCGCACCCAGGGACGGCCAUCGCCGCCGUGGCCGCCGAGCGAAAGGCCGUCCAUCUGUUCUACGUCGGCCUGAACAGCAUGACGCUGCGAGUUUCCAUCUACGACGACCGGCUCGGUCCCAAAGUGGCUAGCGCUGAGGUCGACGGCACCCCCAGCUCCGACUGGCGACCGACGAACACUCUCGCCGGCAUCCACGUGGCCGGUGAUGGAUCCUUCAGAUGUUACUGGUCUCACCCCAACAACGGCGAUAUCUACUCGUACUGGCGCGACGAUUCGAGGUGGAUCGGCACUCACGACGACUGCUGGGGGCGUGUAGAGGGUGGCUUUGCCGGAGUUGGCUGGUCUGACCAGGUCGGCCUGUAUUACUUUCAGGAUGGCGAGUUGGUCGUCAGUGCACAGGAUGAUAAGACCUGGCAGAAGCCUGUGGUGGUGUGA